AUGAUGUUCAUCCUCUUCUGCAUCUUCAUGCUACGUCCUCUCAUAACAAAAUACAUUGAUCAAAACAUGCAGCAGGAUAAGAAGAACAAUUCUGAUUGGGCUUUUCUGGUGAUGGGUGCUUUUGUUUGUUCAUAUAUUACAGAUUUCCUCGGCACACACCCUGCUGUAGGGUGUUUUAUGUAUGGACUAAUCUUACCCCAUGGGAGAUUUACUGACUUGGUGAUGGAAACGCUAGACAAUUUUGUUUCUGGAGCUAUAUCACCUCUUUUUUUCUUUCGUGUUGGCUUGACUAUGAACUUGAUAGCACUUGCAAAUCAAAACUGUUGGCCCUUGAUGGUCUUAGUUAUCCUAUUAUUAUCCACUCCAACAGUUUUAGGCACUCUAAUUGCCACCUUUUUCUUUGAAUUACCCACCCGAGAUAGCAUUGGCAUGGGAUUGCUUCUCAACUCAAAAGGGGCCUUGGCAUUAAUAAUACUAAACCUAGCUUUGGACAGAAAGAUUUUUUCUGUGGUGCUCUAUACCAUUAUGGUUUGUGCAAUUCUUGUGAUGACUAUUAUGGCGCCUAUUUUCAUUAACUUCAUGUACAAACCAAGAAAGCGAUUCGAGAAUUUUAGGUUAAGGACUAUUGAAAUGUUAAGGAAUCACACAGAGCUUCGCAUUCUAAGCUGCGUCCAUAAUAUUGACCAAGCUACUUGCAUGGCCAACCUCUUAAAAACUUUUAAUGCUACUAGAAUUUCUCCUCUCCGCGUGUUUGGAGUUCACCUUGUUGAACUCACUGGACGUGCAGUUGUGGCCACUGCUCUUUUGGUUGAUCAUAGAGAGCAACAAACCCAUUCUGAAUCACCAAAUUCCACAGUGUCACAACCAAAGUUAAAGAGGAUUACCAAUACCUUCAACACUUUACAAGAGGAAAAUAACUCCAUCAGAGUUGAGAACUUCCAUGUUGUGUCUGCCUAUGAAACCAUUUAUCAAGAUAUACACAAUUUGGCAGAGCAAAAUCGAACAGCCUUAAUUCUUCUUCCUUUUCAGAAACAACCACAUGGGGUAAUAGAUGGUUUGGCAGAGACACCUAAUGAAGCAUACAGAGACAUAAACCUCAAGGUUAUGCAAGAAACACCUUGUUCUAUGGCACUUCUUGUUGAUCGUGGUCUCGGAUCGGUAUCUAAGACCAACUUACACAUAGUGAUGGUCUUUGUUGGAGGACCUGAUGACCGUGAAGCCUUGGCUAUUGCUUGGAGGAUGGUUGGGCUUGGGAAUCCAAGGAACUCACUCUCCGUGGUGCGGAUUAUUCUUGUUGGUGAAGCUGUAGAAGCUAGCAUAUCAACUAGAAAUGAUGAGACUCAAUGGCCUUCAUCAAAAAGUGUGGAUGAUGACAGGCAACAAGUUUUGGAUGAAGAGUAUAUAGAUUUAUUCAGAUUCAAGGCAGUGUAUAACAAUGACUCUGUAACAUACUCAGAGGAGGAAGUGCACAAUGGAGAGGAGUUGAUUGCAUUACUAAAAGAAUUGGAGAAAGUUGAUUGUGAUCUAUUCAUCGUUGGACAAGGGAAUGGUAGGAACACGAUUGUGUUUUCAAGUUUCAUGGAAUGGUGUGACAACCCAGAGCUUGGAGUUAUUGGGGACAUAGUGGCAUCAAACUCUUCGCAAUCUUCACUGCUUGUUGUGAAGCAAUUUGGGUAUGAAGAAAUGGAUUUUGGGAAGCAAAAUCAACAUGCCAAACAAUGUUCCACCAGGACUAGUAUGUCUGAGACGCAUAUUGUGUAA